CCUAUGAGAUUCAAAAUGGAUGGUGCUCAAGCACGUGUGCAGAAGGCUGUCUCAACGAUGGUUACAAAUUUAGACAAGGAUUGCUUAAGAAAGCUUCAGGCUGACAUGUACCGAUGCAGCACCAAAUGCUGUGAAAACAGCAGUUACAGCCUAGAGGAAGUACAGCAUUGCAUUGAUCAGUGUUCCAACAGAGUCAACAAAGCUCAAAACUAUAUUCAAAAUGAACUACAGGUUUAUCAGGACAGGCUGCAUCGAUGUGUGAUGAGCUGUGAGGAUAAAGUUCGAGACAGGAUUUCAUCAACAACCACAGAAAAUGACAUGGCAAAAUUCCGUGCAGAAGUUGAAGCUUGUGCUGUGAAAUGUGCUGAUGAGCAUGUAGGACUUGUGCCAGGCUUGACAAAGAAGCUUAUAGAAAACCUAUCACGUGAUAAACUAUAGAAAAUUAAAAGUGAAGAUUUUAUUUUGUUGGCAUGAAACAGGAAUGCAUCUAGAUGCAGCAGGUUCUUUUGCUGCCAAAGUAUUUAGAAAUCUUGUUUGCUUAUGAAUCUUGUAUGAUAGUUGCAGUAUAGUGUGGUGAUAAACACUUCAAAGACAUUAUAUUUCAAAUAUUUAGAAAAUCACAACUACUGAAAGUAAAAUGUUGUCAUUCAUUAUCUUUAACAUGAUUUAAUUCCUUAAGAACGGGCUCUAGAAAGAUGCAGAAUGGCUGGACCAGAGCAUUGUUCAGUAUAGUUGUGUUACUGUUUGGUCAUCGCUCAUACUUCAGUUUUGAUAAAUACCUUUUUUGUUUAAAUCCACUUUUGCAUUUCAUUAAGUGUAAAAAACAAAGGUUUCUUGUGAUCGUGGUUGCAUGUCAUUUCACAUAAGAGGCACUGAUGUUCAUUAGGAAAUCUAAAAACAUUCAAAAAAUAAUAUUCAGAUCAACACCAAGUUUCCCCAAAAGACUAAUUUAAAACAGGCAUGUUUUAUUGUCAGCACUCUAUGAACUUAAACAUAGUUUAUUCAGAGUGACAAAUGCUUGUCACAAAAGUAACAUGGCUAGAGAGACUGCUGUGAAAAUGUAAAUUCCAUAUAUUUAGCUGAACCUAGGAAGUACUCCCAAGUGCCUUAGAUUUAGAAUGAACAGUGUGAUGACAGCAUGAACAAAACUAUUAAAGUUAAAUUCGACCAUACGUUUUUUAAUAGAAUAGCUUGUUGGUAUAAAUGACCCAUUUUGAUAGAUUCAUUGCAAGCUAAUCAACGAUUUUUGUUAUCCGGGAUGGCUAUACUAGAAAUGUUCAUCUGUGCAAGAUUUAGUCUAGGUAAACUAUGGGUGAUGUGAAUAUGGUCAGUUGUGUACAUUGUGUUAUUGCUUAUCACCAUAUACAUUGUUAGACUAUUAAAACAAAUUAUAUAUGUUUUU